AUGGCCUGGUUCCCCGGUCUGGACAAAGACAUCUUCGCCGCCACCGGUGAGAAUAUCUUCAAUUCCACCACUAAUCCUGUCAACAAACGCUACCUCCCCGAUGCAAACAAGAUUCGGGGUGUCAACCUCGGUGCCCACUUCAUUUUUGAGCCCUGGAUUGCCGAAGACAAAUGGGAAUCCAUGGGCUGCCCAACGGAUGAAAAGCACAAGUCCGAGUUUGACUGUGUCUCAUCCCUGGGACAGGAUCAAGCUGACAAGGUCUUCCAGGACCACUGGGGGUCAUGGGUUACCAAGGAUGAGAUCUCGCAAAUGCGCGAGUAUGGCCUGAAUACAAUUCGUAUCCCUGUUGGAUACUGGCUCAAAGACGACCUUGUCGACCCAGACUCGGAACACUUCCCACGUGGUGGACUCCAAUAUCUUGCCGAUGUUUGUGACUGGGCUGCUGAGGCUGGCAUGUAUAUCAUUAUGGAUUUCCACGGGCUGCCGGGAGCUCAGCAAGCAGAACAGCCCUUCACCGGCCAGUACGCCCCCAGUCCCGGAUUCUACCAGGACGCGCAGUAUGACCGGGCGAUUGAGUGGAUCGAGUGGAUGACCAAGAACAUCCAUCAAGACAACAAGUUCCGUAAUGUUGGUAUGAUUGAGCUCGUGAAUGAGCCUCUACAGGGCUCGGAGCAAACAGACAGCAUGCGCAAGGGCUACUACCCUGACGCAUGGAAACGUAUCCGCGAUACUGAAUCUUCGAUCGGAGUUGCCCAGGGCAGCAGCCUGCACAUUCAAAUGAUGGAUUCGAAAUGGGGUUCAGGCAAUCCCAAGGAGUUUCUUGAUGAUGACACCUUCGCAGCAUACGAUGACCACCGCUACCUCAAGUGGAGCGAGGUCCCUACCGGCAAAGAUAGCUACAUUGAUGCCUCGUGCAAUGAUGACCGUGGUGGCGACUCCCCGCUCAUCGUUGGCGAAUGGAGCUUGAGUGUGAACAGCGAUGUCGAAGGCAAUUCAGAUUGGGAUCCAUCGACAAACCAGGAGUUUUACACGAAGUGGUUUGCAGCCCAGGUCAUUGCGUACGAGAAGCAGCAGGGCUGGGUUUUCUGGACCUGGAAGGCUAACCUGGGCGACUACCGCUGGUCAUACAAGGAUGCUGUUGAUGCUGGCGUGAUUCCCAAGGAUCUGGACAGUGUGUAUGACAACUCGCCCUGCUAA